AUGUGUACAAUAUUUGAGUUGGAUGAAUGUUCCCGUGCUGGUUAUAAAGUAAGAGACGAUGAAAUAAUUAAUUCAGAUACAACUCUCGAUGGAAUAUUCGAUUUAACCUUUUUAUUGGGUGGAAGUUCCUAUAAGUGUUCUGAGAAUCAAUGUGAAACAGAUGACGUCGACAAGUCUAUAGAAUUUCUUAUGGAUAUUUUCAAUAAACGAAAAUCAUUGAAAAAAAGAGGUAUAACGUUACCGAAAAACUUUGUUACUUGUCUUGAAAUUGGAUUCAAAAAAUUAUCGAAAUCGAUAGAAAUUCAUCAACGACAGAAUGUUCAAAUGAUUCUGUCAGGUAUGUGUUUGAACAAUUGCAUAAAAUACAUGUGUUUUUUUAGGUUUGAAGAUUUUGAUAUAUCAACUUCGCAGGGAUAGAUCAAAGUUGAUUCGAUGGUAUUCGAAUAUUGAGAUAAAAACAGACGAGAGCAUUGAGCCUUCAAAAGAGCAAAAUAAAGGUGGAGUCUCUUGUAAAUAACAAUCGAUUUAUUUGAAUUAAAAUGUUAUAGAUCAACUCAGCGAAGAGAGCGAUACGUUGGGACAAGUGCAUUUGGAUGACCAAUCUGAGAAGAAACAUAUGAAUUCGGUACCGGAAAAGAAUUCCAAAAAGCGACUCCGGGAAUCUUCGCAAUCUGAUUCUGAGUUGAAAAAGAAUCGUGCAAAAAAUUCGCAAUCAAGAAAUAUAAAUAAGGAUCUAGUGCAUUUCAAGGUAUGAUUCCAAAAUUAAUUCAAAAUGAAGCUUUGUAUUCAAAUUUCUAGAUUGGAUGUUAUGAUCGAACUUAUGAUGAUCUUCAGAAGAUUAUGAAAUCUGAUGAUGUGGAAUAUCUGAUCGAAUAUAUUGAAAAUACUUGGGGAAUGGAACCCGAAUAUUAUACACCUCUCAAAUAUAUUGAUGAUUAUCCCAAUCAUCCAUGGUGGGAAUAUGAACGUGAAGAAAGAAGAAUGGAAAAGGAGAAGGAUAUAGUAGAGAUAAAACUCACAGAAGAAACGAAUGAGGUUUAA